AUGUUUGCUUCUACUGCUCAAACCUUGAAAGGGCCAGUUGAAAGACAGGUGCCUUUCAAACGAACCUCUCUUCCUACCAUUUCUGAAGAGAUAUCACCGCUUGAUCACCAAAUUCUUCUUCAUGGUGGCACUUCCUCUCAUCUUGAACGCCUUCCAUCUCGUGCCAAGAAAGCAAAAAAUCGAUCUUCCUCAUGCUAUGUUGAUGAUCAGAUUCUUGAUCUCACAUUUGAAAAUUCUUAUCUUCGUGCAGAGCUAUCAUUGCUUGAGGAAUACAAACAUGCCUUAAUGAAUCUUAAAAGUAUUAUGAUAUACGUUUCUGGAAUGAUGGAGGAAACUCUAUCUGAAACUACUCAACAGCUCAAUGAGGCAGAUAAGAAUUAUUUAAAACUUCAUGGAAUUACAGAGAAAAAGAGAGAGAGCGGUCUUGACUUUUAA